AUGCUCGUAAUCUCUAAUACGCAGACCGGUGUAGUAAGUAAGCGUGGACUUCCUGGUAGAUAUCGCCAAAACCCGCAAGAGAUGGAUGCACUGCCCAGCAUGGGCCACGCCUGCGGACACAACCUCAUCGCCACAUCCUCACUGGCCGCAUUCCUCGCCACCACCGAAGCCCUGCGUGCCGAUGGCGGAGAGGGACGGGUCCGUAUCCUGGGCACUCCAGCCGAGGAGGAUGGUGGUGGAAAGAUUGACCUGCUCCGAGCCGGUGCCUAUAAAGGAGUGGAUGCCUGUCUGAUGGGUCAUCCAGGACCACGAGUCGUGCCGAUCGAUGGAAUCGCUAAUGGAAAAUGCAUGGCGCGUGCAGGUGUGACCGCGACCUUCAAGGGUGUCAAUGCUCACGCUGGUAAUGCUCCUUGGCAGGGUCGGAAUGCAUUGGAUGCCGCCGUUGCGGCCUACAACAGCAUUUCCAUGCUGCGGCAGCAGAUCACUCCCGACCAGCGUGUGCAUGCCAUUAUUGCUAAGGGCGGCGAGCGACCUAAUGUCAUUCCUGACUUGACCGUGAUUGAGCUUUACGCUCGUGCGGAGAACAGCACCCAGUUGGAAGAUACUUGCCAGCGACUCAUUGGUUGCUUUGAAGGCGCGGCUAGAGGUGCUGGAUGCACUGUCGAACUAGAUUGGUCGCAAAGCUAUAAGGAGCUUCGGUGCAACAAAAGCAUUAUCAAGACCUUUGUCCAAGCCGCCGGAGCCCAAGGACAAAAAUACAUGGAAAACAGUUCUGCCGUCAGUGGCGCUUCCACCGAUCAAGGUAAGUCAUCUUCUAUCAACUUGUUGAUUGGACGCCUCACUAAGAUCAUAGGCAAUAUCUCAUAUGAACUCCCCCCUCUACAUCCCGGCUUCCUCAUCGAUAUUGAGAAGCCUGAUAUUGGUCCUCAUCACCCUGGUUUUGAGAAGUCUGCUGGAACACGCUCGGCGUUCGAGGCCUCUCUUCGGUUCGCCAAAGCAUUGGCCGCCACAGAAUUUGAUAUUUCAACAAAUGAGGAGUUGAGAAACCAGAUGUGGGCUGACCACGAGGAAGCAUUUGGGCAAUGA